CUUUGGUAUUUGGGAUUUUAAAGAGUGAGAGGAGAGGGGUGGAGUGGGGGACGACUGAUAAUUUGAAGACUUGCCAGGGGUAUAUUGUCAAAUUCAAAAGGCAUUUCAAAGAACCAAACCAUUCCCCUUUCUUCAUUCUCUCCUUUUUUCUAAUUAUUUCUCUCUAUUUCUUUAUUUUCUCCGGGUUGCAGUCCGUUUGAAUCCACCAAUGGGCUUUCAAGUUGGAGACAUUGGAAUGUAAAUGAGCCCAGCGCGUGCUCCUGGCGCAGUGAAAGCUCUGGAUUGUUUACUGAGCUCCCGGAGCCACGCGCCUGGCUCGCGGAGUCGGCUAGCAGAUGAAUCACACAGCAGCGGGCGGGGCCUCGCGGGGAAGCGUGCGUCUCCAACGGGUGGGGUGUGUUGGGCGCGUGUUGAAAAAGAGGAGUGCUGCCAAAGUUUGGGUCAGAUCGGCUCUUGAAGUAAGCAAGCGCAGUCAAGAAAGACUUGGACACCAAAUAGUCACAGCGCGCUCCAGCUAUAGCCACACGGCUCCCACGCGAAGGACACGAGAGCAGUGCUCUGUAAACCUCUGUCUAUUUAAAAAAAAAAAUCUUCUUCCACGGAGUGUCUUUCUGUGAGGCUGCGCUGUUGCAACCCACAUCUGUCAGUAGCCCUGUCUCACCACCAACCAACAUGGAGACUACCACCAUCACCACCACGCAAAUGGCGCAGAACGCAUACACAUUUGGACUGAUGGAGAGGCGCACCACCAUUACCUUGCACGCCCCAGCCCAGGAGUGCGCUCUCCCCAAUGACACCAUUGCAGCCGGUUACCAAAGCAAGACCACGGUGCUGAAAAGACAGCGCUCCAGCUCUCCGGAACUCCUGCGUUGCAAGCGGCGGCUCAGCUUUAACGGACUCGGCUACUCCAUCCCCCAGCAGCUGCCCGUAGCCGUGGCCCGGCGGAACGAGCGCGAGAGGAACCGGGUCAAACAAGUCAACAUGGGCUUCCAGACGCUGCGUCAGCACGUGCCCAACGGGGCAGCCAACAAGAAGAUGAGCAAAGUGGAGACACUGCGGUCCGCGGUGGAAUAUAUCCGAGCCCUGCAGCAGCUACUAGACGAGCAUGAUGCAGUGUCUGCCGCCUUCCAGUGCGGGGUGCCUUCCCCUACCAUCUCCAACAGCUACUCGGCCGAGCCGGAAUCACCCCACUCCACCUGUUCCUCCGAUGAGGGGAGCUAUGAGCCCCUGAGCUCCGAGGAGCAGGAGCUGCUGGACUUUACCACCUGGUUCGACAGAUACUGAGACACACCCAGGUCGCCUAAUUGUCGUUACCACCCAACAGCACCCGUGUAUAAACAGGAGCGUAUUCAAUCAAAAGGGACGCAAAGUUGAAAAGAAUGACACGUUAUUUGAUUCACUCUGCAGGCGAGACACCCGUGGACACACUCUUGGCACCGACUUUCUCUCUCUCUCCCAUCGCCAGGCAGCGUCUGCAGGUACACGGCAAUGAGAGGGGAAAGUAACUCAGAGUUACGGUUGCUAUGCUACAAGAGACAACAGAGUCGAACUGCGCUUGGGUUCCCUUCGGAAUAACAGGGUAGAGAGACUGUUCGCGCACUCUUGGACAAAGCGUCGAAGGACGAAAGACUGCACUUCGGUGACGCGUGGAAUUACGUCUCUAUCGAUGACUUUGAAUACGAGCAAUUAGUGAAUGAAACAGCAGCUGUGCAGACUGCACUGUAUUUCAGCGGAAGUGCAUGGUUGUGGCUCCCAAGUACUUUGCUGUCAUUGGCAGUUUCACAUGAGAGCAAACCGGACUAUUUUAACUGCCUGCAUCUGCUGGGAAGAUUGUAUAGAAGAUGUACUUUGGUGCCCAUUGUCUGAAAUUGAAAUUCUUAUUUGUUCAAUAGCCUAUAAAUACUUAUUUUUGUUAAUUGAGAUAAACUAAACAAAGUUCUGCAAUAAUGAAGACUGCCACUUUGCUGACCGUGAGUGCGCAUGAGAUAGCCAUGACUGGACCAGUGGACAGUUAAAUUGGCAAGUAUGUCUGUGUCAAGCCAUUGGUCAGCAAUAGACCUCUACAGCUUCCAGUGAAAGAUUGAAGGGUUUUAUGUGGGAUGGAGACCUUUAUCAAUGUAUGCACUUGCUCUCCGUUUCUCGUAGACUCAUAUGACUCAGAUUUUAACAGAUAUAUUUUGUGUAAACAUUUUUUUAUGAAUAAACAUAACUAUA